CGAACGCAACCGAGCAUAAACAAGAGAAAGGGAAAGGAAACUUGUGAUACUUGUAGAGGAACAAGGUGUCUGUUCCCAUUAACAAGGGUGUUGAAUCGUUUUUGAGAUACAGACUGACUCUGAAAUCGUGACAAAAUUAGUUACAGUCACAGUUUUUAUGGUAUUUUCCGUCUCGCUCACCGGGGGCGUUUGUUCUGAAUGGAGGAGAGACACAGGAAGAUUCUCCAACGCAACAGGAGCAGCCUGGUGAAAGACUUGGACCCAUCAGCCCUCUACGAUGGCCUUAUUGAAAAGGGCGUUUUCACCCAAGACAUGGUCGAUGAAAUCAAGAGCUGUGCGACCAGGCGCGAACAGGCCAGGAAGUUAGUCGUGGACUUGGAGACCCGCGGGAGUCGAGCCUUUCCAUUGUUUCUGCAGUGCCUUCAGGAGACAGAGCAGCACAGUCUGGCUGAGCUGCUGCGGAAUGGAGCCCCAACAGUCCAGCUACAGCCUGCUACACCCACUCAGGUUGUUCGCCCUGUUCUCCAGCCUCUCCCAGUGUCCUCUCCAAUGGAUGUGGAUAAGCAAAGAAAAGACCACGUCCCUGUCUAUCCAAUGCCCAGACCCAGUACUACUCCCACUCCAUCACCUGAGGGGGAGUACAGACUAAGGCCCCAAGGCAGAACUCGUCGGGACAGCAUCCAGAGCUAUAAAAUGGACGCCAGCCCGUGCGGACACUGCCUGAUCAUAAACAACGUGGAGUUUGACCCCCAGAGCGAGCUCAGCAAUCGCAGGGGGUCCAACAUCGACUGUGACAAGCUGGAGAGCAGAUUCAAGGCGCUCAACUUUAUCGUGGACGUCAAGACGAACCUGAAGCAAAGACAAAUCAAACACGAGCUGUCAGCCUUAUCUAAGAAGGAUCAUUCACAGUAUGACUGCUGUGUGGUCAUCAUGCUGUCACACGGCACUGAGGUGAGCCACAACCGCUUCCCUGGCGCUGUGUACGGUGUGGAUGGACAGCAUGUCCCGGUCCAGUACAUCACAAACUACCUCAACGGCCAGCACUGUCCGUCUCUACAGGGAAAACCCAAACUGUUCUUCAUCCAGGCUUGCGGAGGAGGUGAAAGAGACACAGGCUUUGAGGUGUCCCCGGACGAGGUUGAACCAUCCGUCGGUGGAGCAGAUGAUCAGACGGACGCCAUUCCCACGUCAUCCAGCAGCGACUCUCUGAGCACGUCCGACGAGCUGGACGCCAGAGCCACGCUCCCGACCCCGAGCGACAUUCUGGUGUCCUACUCCACUUUCCCUGGUUAUGUUUCUUGGAGAGACACCCAGUCAGGCUCCUGGUACGUCGAGACACUAGACCGCAUUCUUGAUGAGAACGCUGCCACGGAUGACUUGGUCACGAUGUUGAUGAUGGUCAACCACGAAGUCUCCCAGAACUCUGCGAAGGGGCUCUACAAGCAGAUGCCUGGUUCCUUCAAUUUCCUCCGCAAGCUUCUCUACUUUCAAACCCAAGCAUAGCGGCGAAGUUCAGCGGAAUAAGUCCUGGUUUCACUUUCAGCGAGUCUAUUCCAUUGCUGUUGGCCAUGACUGUAAUUGCUUAGGAUUAUGAUUUAGCAGAUUUGUGAAGCGUAUGUGUUUGCUAAAUUCUGGUUCUACUUUUACAGACACGAUCAUGUCUUAUUUGUUUUUCAUGUCCUGUAUUUUCUAAAUGAAAUAUGUUGGUUGCGGUGUCAUCUUGGUAUGAAAAUAUUAACAUGUUGUGAAAAUGUGGUUCAGGUUAUUUUUUGUAUGUAUUAUUUUUGUCUUAUCAAGACAUAGCAUCUGUUGGUGUUUCAGAAGAGAUAAUCAUUGUCAAUUACCUUGCUGAUUGUUAUGUCAUGUAUUUUAAAUAUACUGAUUUUGUAAAAAAAAAAAAAAAAAGGAAGACUGUUUAUUGACUCAAUAGGAGUCGAGCAGAGACUCCCAGCUAUUAAACAUAUCUUCACCCUGACGUUAAUGUCAACCCAUCAGCAGUGUAAUUGUUUACACUUCACUGUAAGACAACACAUUUCAAAUGCUAUUUUUUUUUUAGUUGUUGCUAUUAUACAUAAGCAUGCUAGUGUUGCUGUGUGUGUGCUACAGCUGAGUUACAGUAUGUGAGGCUGAUGACAAAUGCAAGUAAAACAGCAGUGUACUUUAA